CCAAUCCCCCACACCUCCCGGAGCCAUGGCCAAGAGCGGAGGCAAGGGAGCCAGCCUGCGCGACAAGCUGGACGGCAACGAGCUGGACCUGAGCCUCGGCGACCUCACCGAGGUGCCGGUCAAGGAGCUGGCUGCUCUCCCAAAGGCCACAGUACUGGAUCUGUCCUGCAACAAAUUGACUUCAUUACCGUCUGAUUUUUGUGGACUAACACACCUGGUGAAACUGGACUUGAGUAAAAAUCGCCUGCAGCAGCUGCCUGCUGACUUUGGCCGUCUAGUCAACUUACAACAUCUGGACCUCCUCAACAAUAGGCUUGUCACCCUGCCUGUCAGCUUUGCUCAGCUUAAGAACCUGAAAUGGCUGGAUCUGAAGGAUAACCCUCUAGAUCCUGUCCUGGCCAAAGUGGCUGGUGAUUGCUUGGAUGAGAAGCAGUGUAAGCAGAGUGCUAUCAGAGUACUGCAGCACAUGAAAGUUGUUCAGGCUGAUCAAGAGCGAGAGAAACAAAGGCGGCUGGAGGUUGAGCGAGAAAUAGAGAAAAAGCGUGAGGCCAAGCAGCGGGCCAAGGAAGCCCAAGAACGAGAAGUGAGAAAGAAGGAGAAAGCAGAGGAAAAGGAACGUCGGAGAAAAGAAUAUGAUGCUGUCAAAGCAGCUAAUAAGAAGGAACAAGAGAAAAAACCCAAGAAGGAGACACAUCAGCCUGCAAAGGCCAAGUCUGGUUCCCGUUCUAUGAAGUCUCGCCCUCAAAAGCAUUCGUGGUCCUGGGCUUUCUUAAAGCUGCUGCUGAUGGUGCUUCUCAGUGCCACAGGAGUUUUAGUUGCCUGUCAGGUGACAGAUCUACAGUGGCAGCCUUUCUGCAUCAAUGUGAACACCAUCUAUGAGAAUGUCCUCCAUGGGCUUCGUAGCCAUGAAAUCCUGCAGCGAGUCUUACAGCCAAACUCUCAGCAAUAAGUGUGUUAUCAGCAUUGGCUGCCUCAUUGUCUGUGGAGCCAGGAUUCCUAUGGAAUUGUGUUCUGCCAGACAUUACCUUUUAUAGCAUUGGACCUACUUGUCACCACCAACUGGCAAUCAAUUGGUACCUGAGACAGCCGUUUUUAUGUCCUAGGAGAUCCAUGUUAGAAUUUGCCUCUGUUCCUUAUGCAAGAUUCUGUUCCCUAUAGAUUUAGAAAAUGGGAAGGGGUAGGGGGUGGGGGGAGCAGUAGUCUGCAUGCCUAAAGGAAUAAGCUAGAGGGGAGGACACGAACAUUCCUCUUUUCUGAUCCAGGUAUCCAAAGCUAUGUAAAGGUGAGGCAUAUUUUUACUAAAUGGUCAGCUGUCUCCACAUUUAUAUUUUUGUAUGUCACAAAUCUAUUCACUCAUAACUUCCUGGGCCAGGAUCUCACUGACAACAAAAACAAGAUCAGGAGGCAACAAAUGCAAAACUCACUGUCCAAGAUAAAAUACCUAUUUUCUUAUAUAUCAAGACACUAAAGCAAUUUGGUAACUACAGAAAUAAUGGAUUUUUUUUUUAUAGCUGGAUUGGACCUUAGCAACCAUUUAGUCCAACCCCCUGAUUUUAUAGUGAUUUAAUUAGUGACAGAGCCUGAAUCCAGCCGUCCCAAUCCAGUGUUGAAACUUUUCAGCAUGUCCAUACAAACUCAGGAGGCUAGAUAGGAAUAUGGCCUGGCUUAACUAGCACUGAAGAAAGAAAUAUUUGACUUACCAGUGGCAACCUAAAACUAGUUUUUUCCACUAGUACAGGCCCUUUGUAGUUUAUGCCGACUUUUGCAUUCCUGCCAUUUUUCUAAGAUCACCUGAAGGGUCUAAGUACAGGCAAGGCAUGUCAGAAAAGGAAACCCCUUUGUGCUAUGGUAUGAUGGAGGGUUGUUACCUCAUUCUUAGUUGGAGUAGAUAAUGUUUUACUGGGACUAAGAUUUAUAAACAAGCUUAAUUUCUGUUCUUUGCCUCUUCCUAACAAGGUUUAAGAGGCAUCAGCAGUUACUGUGCACAAUUAAAAUGUUGCCUAUUAACAAAGCCAGGCAGCCAGCUUAAGCUAUAUUAAACACUGGGGGUUGGGGGUGAGGGUGUGUGUGUGUUUGAUUUUGCUUCAGGUCCUUUUUCUCAGGGAGAAAGGGAUAAUUAUUGCCCCUUGAUGAUGCUUAUUCACUGGAAAAAUUCCUGAUUUAAAAAACAAAACAAAACUCUACUGGGACAGCAAAGGGAAGACGACAUCAACUCCAGGGACAAAUGUUUUAGCACAGUGAUAUGGAACUGCCUACCUGUGGGGGCUCUCCUAGCAUUAAGAAAAUUUUUUUUUGUUCCUAUUUUCACUAUUUCUCUUUGAAACACAUGUCAUGAGUGGUAGUAGAAAUGACUAUGUAUUCUUUUACUUUUACCUUCAGGCACUGGGACCAUUUUUAUAAUUACUUUAUUGUAUAAGCACAUAACUAUUGUAAGCAAGUACACAAAGCUAUACAGUGACCCAACCCCACCCAAAUGAAAAGGAUUACCAUUCCAUGUGAUUUAUAAGAUGUGAGGGGAUUGGUUAUAGGGAACAAGCCCACAGACAAACCCACCAAGAGCUUUAACUCUCCAUUUCAAUCAUAAUUGUUAGAAUUUCCUAAACUUUAUAAUGGACUGUUUUUAGGUUUUUAUAAUUGUUAUUAAAUAAGUGUCUUGUGGGAUAUCUUUGAUCCACUUGCAUGUAGAUUUAACUUUUUGCCUAAUCUGUUGGGUAGGGAAGAAUUCCGUAAAUUGACAAUGAGGAACCAGUUCUCUCUGGGUCACCCUCCUGUAUUUAGUCACAUUAGUUUCCUUCAGGAAAGGGAAUGAAAUUGAACUGACAGGAUCACUGCUCCCAUUUAUUCCUGCAAAAGGAUAUUAGAGUGCUCUUUCAACCGUCAGUUUUGGUUAGGAGUGUCACUAUGUGCCAUCCAGAGAGAGGUCUGGCUGCAAAGUGGUCAUCUGAAAAUAGAUGCGCCUAGAGAGCUCUGGCCCAACUCGUCGAGAAGUAGUUGUUACACCCUCCCCUCGGCGCACCUGGAUGUCUGCAAGCAGAUUGUGACAUUCUUGCUCGGAUAAACACUGCUGAUAUGCCUAAAAAACAAUAAAUGUUGUCUAAACAUCUUCAACAAAUUAGACCCUA